AUGGGUAUGAUGGGGGCUGGGGGUUUCUGCUGCCUCGGCCGCCGCCGCCACGGCCCAGAGUUGGGGCCUGGGAGGGCCGCAGCGUGGGGGCCUGAGCCGGAGCCCCCCGGGGACGAGGGUGCUGACAGCCGCCAGCCGCCACCGCCGGAGCCCGCCGUCCAGGAGCCCGGGAGCCCUCCAGGUGCUGAGGCACCCUACUGCGACCUGCCCCGCCGCCCGCCUGCAUCUGAGGACCUGCACAGAGCCUCAACCUCUGGGUGCCAGUCUGUGGUGGGCCUCGGCCUUGGGCCAGAGUCCGAGAGGAGGCCGGCGACAGGGCUCCCUGCAGAGCAGGAGCAGGGAGCCACCCCCAGGAGCAGGAGCUGGGACUCCGAGGCAGUGCCCUAUCUGGAGGGCCCAGCCUCCUCCCUGUGCAGCUUCGACGAGGGCCCUGACUCUGGCACUAGCUCCAGCCCUGACUGUGACGCCCCUGAUGAUACCAGCAACUCGUCCUCUGUGGACUGGGACGUUGUCAAAAGGCAGGAGGAGGCCCCCGGCGGGGACGAGAUCACCGAGAUGAUCCCUCGGAAGCUGCAGGAGGGGUCAAGAGCUGACAGCACCCAAAGGGCUCCGUCCGUCCUCACCCGGUCCCCUGUGGGAGGAGACACUGCGAGCCAACGGAAGGAGGACCCGGGUGGUGGGAGCCGAAGCGCCGGGCAGCACUGGGCGAAGCUCCGGGGAGAAAGCGGGCACUUCUUGGAGCGGCACCGGGCUUCCUCUGAGACACCACAGAGCGGACCGCGAAGUGCCGCCCCCCAGGCUUCCUCUCUCCGCCGCUCCGCCCAAAGGGACGCUGCCCAGACGGCUGCCGUACAACUCGAUGCCCCCCGAGCUUCCUCUCCCUCCCAAGCAGCCCAACGGGACAGCCCCAGGACCUCGUCCACCCAACGGGACACCCGCAGGGCUUCUUCCACGCAGCAGAGCGCCCCCAGAACGGCCUCUCCCUCAAGAAUCACCCAACGGGAUAGUUCCAGAACCUCGUCCACCCAACGGAGCAAUCCUCGAGUUUCCUCUUCCCCCAGAGCCGCCCAACAGGACAACUCCAGAACCUCUUCUACCCAACAGGACAACCCUCAGACUUCUUUUUCUGCAUGUACUUCUCAACAGGAAAACUCCAGAACUGCCUGUGCCCCAAGGGACAACCCCAGAGGCUCCUCUCCCAACCGGACCACCCAGCGGGAAAACUCCAGAACUUCCUGUGCCCCAAGGGACAACCCCAGAGGCUCCUCUCCCAACCGGACCACCCAGCGGGAAAACUCCAGAACUUCCUGUGCCCCAAGGGACAACCCCAGAGGCUCCUCUCCCAACCGGACCACCCAGCGGGAAAACUCCAGAACUUCCUGUGCCCAAAAGGACAACCCCAGAGGCUCCUCUCCCAACCGGACCACCCAGCGGGAAAACUCUAGAACAUCCUGUGCCCCAAGGGACAAUCCCAGAGGCUCCUCUCCCAACCGGACCACCCAGCGGGAAAACUCCAGAACUUCCUGUGCCCAAAAGGACAACCCCAGAGGCUCCUCUCCCAACCGGACCACCCAGCGGGAAAACUCCAGAACUUCCUGUGCCCAGAGGGACAACCCCAGAGGCCCCUCUCCCAACCAGACCACCCAGCGGGAAAACUCCAGAACUUCCUGUGCCCAAAAGGACAACCCCAGAGGCCCCUCUCCCAACCGGACCACCCAGCGGGAAAACUCCAGAACUUCCUGUGCCCAGAGGGACAACCCCAGAACCUCUUCUACCCAACGGAACAACCCGCAGUCCUCUUCCUUCCGGCGGGACCACCCCGGAAGCUCCUCCCCUCAGUGCUGCACCCCAAAGAACAAUCCUGGGCCAUCAUCUCCCCAUCGCUCCACCCAGCGGAAUAACCCCAGGAAUCCUUCUCCCCAUCGUACUAACAAAGACAUCCCCUGGGCCUCCUUUCCCCUCCGGCCCACCCAGAGCGAUGGUCCCCGGACCUCCUCCCCAUCCCGCUCCAAGCAAAGCGAGGUUCCCUGGGCCUCUAUCGCCCUUCGGCCAACCCAAGCUGACAGGCCUCAGACCUCAUCUCCCACCAAACCAGCUCAGCGUGACUCCCCCCAGUCCUCCUCGGGCCCUCCCCAGCACAACUCACCAGCCCGGGCCUCUUCUUCCUCGCACAACCCCGGCCCCCACAGCGCCCCCCGGACUUCCACGCCUCUGUACCUCACCCGAGGGGCAUCCCAGACCUCUUUCGAGUCCUCCCAGCCUCCCUGGGCCGUGUGCAUUGGACACCGGGAUGCCCCCCGAGCCUCUUCGCCUCCUCGCUAUUUGCAAUAUGACCCGUUUCCCUUCUUCCCAGACCCCCACGCCUCUGAGAGUGAAUCCACUCACCAUGAGCCACCCUAUAUCCCCCCGGCCGUGUGCAUCGGACACCGCGAUGCUCCCCGGGCCUCCUCACCCCCUCGCCACACCCAGUUCGACCCCUUCCCCUUCCUCCCGGACACAUCAGAUGCUGAGAACCAGUCGCCCCAGCAUGACCCUCCCCAGUUCCCCCCGCCUGUGUGUAUCGGAUACCGCGAUGCACCCCGGGCCUCCUCCCCUCCGCGCCAGGCCCCUGAGCCCUCCCUCCUGUUCCAGGAUUUCCCCAGGGCCAGCACCGAGAGCCUUGUCCCCUCCACAGACUCCCUGCACGAGCCCCCCCACAUCCCCACCCCUGUGUGCAUUGGACACCGAGAUGCACCCUACUUCACGUCCCCCCCACGCCAGGCCCCCGAGCCCUCCCUCUUCUUUCAGGACCCCCCUGGGACUAGUAUGGAGAGCCUGGCCCCCUCCACGGACUCUCUGCAUGGCUCCCCAAUGCUGCCCCCCCAAGUGUGCAUCGGGCACCGGGAUGCACCUCGAGCCUCCUCCCCACCCCGCCACCCACCCAGUGACCUAGCCCUCCUGGCACCCUCACCUCCUCCAGGCAGCUCAGGGGGCUCCCGGGGCUCAGCACCCCCUGGGGAGACCAGGCACAACUUGGAGAGGGAGGAGUACACCGUGCUGGCCGACCUGCCCCCACCCAGGAGGCUGGCACAGAGGGAGCCAGGGCCCCAGGGCAGCAACGGGGGCCGAACCCGCAGCCCUGGCCGCGCAGAGGUGGAGCGCCUCUUCGGGCAAGAGCGCAGGUGAGCCCAGGGUGGGGUCAGCCAGGUGGGCUGGGGAGGAGCCUCGGCAGCAGGACAGGUGGAAGGUUCAAGGCUUAGGUGGCCAGAUGGAAAGGGUUGUCUCCUGCCCUGCCACUUACUGGCCGUGUGACCUUGGGCCAGUCACUUCAUCUCUUUCCCUAAGUUAAGAGGGUUUUUUUGAUGAUGAAGUGAUAUUGUGCAUAGCCUGGUGGUUAAGAGCAAAGACCAGGGUCAGGCAGGCUGGGUUCAAUCCCGGGUCAAAGCCACUCCCCAUCUUUGUGACCUGGUAAAGCUACUGCCUGAGCCUCAAUGUCCUCAUCUGGAAAAUUCGAACGGUAUCCAUUCAUUGAAAUGAGGCUAAGCUCUCCAACCCUUAAUGUGAUCCAUAGUCACAGGUUUGUUUAUUUUUCCCCCUCCUUAUGUGAGGGAAGAAAGUGCCCAUGAUUUUUUUCUGCCUUAACAAAGAAGACUCAUGGCUACCCAUGCCUCUUGGAAAAGAGAUGUCAGUUUAAACUAUAUAGCCAGAGCCGUUAUUGUAAUGAAGAGAACUCAGAAUCACAGACCUUUUAGAAGUUAAAGGUUACUUUCCUGGGACGUGGUGACAAGCCCUAAGUCCAGGCACCCUGGAGUGCUGGUCCUGGGGCCACUCACACAGCCCCGGGAGGGGAAGCAUUACCCCUGCUUGGCCGAGAUUUCUCUCUCCAGCAGUCCCAGCCUCAGGAGUUUUCAGGACCAGGGUUGGAAUUCCAUUAGUCAGGGUUGAAAGAACAGCAAACAAGUAGGUCUGGAAGUCUCAACGCUCUCAGUGUAUAAUGAAUUAUAGCGUAUUUACCAAGACCAUCACCACAACCCAAAUUUAGAACAUUUCCGUCACCCUAAAGAGUGGGUAAUGUUUUACAUCCAGAAUUCCUCUCUCUGUCGUCCGUGAGGCAACAUUUUAUCUUAGGUUAGAAUCUGUGCGAGAAAUCUUAUCUUUCAUUCUUCAAAUUUCCGUUUCUUUCUUGUUUUUGUUUUUGUUUUGUUAAUCCUCACGUGAGGAUAUUUUCUCCCAUUGAUUUUUAGAGAUAGUGGAAGGGAGGGGGAGAGACAGAAAGAGAAAAAAACAGCUGUGAGAGAGACCAUUGAUUGAUUGGUUGCCUCCUGGGGAUUGAGCCUGCGACCCUUCAGUCCUAAGGCUCAGAUUUCCUUUUUACAGUAACUUCAAUCCAUUUACUAUCCAGAUGACAACCUUUAAGGUCUCCAGCAUUAAUAUAAUUAUUUCUUUGGCCUUUUAAAAAUUAAACAGGCACUAAUUUUUAAAGCAGUUUUAGGUUCACAGCAAAGCUGAGUGGAAAGUACAGAGAAUUCCCAUACAUCCCAUUUCCCCCACACGCCUGGACUCAGCUCACUAUCAACAACCUGACCAGAGGGUACAUUUGCUACAAACCAUGAACCGAUACGGACACGUCAUUAGCAUCCAAAGUCCAUAGUUCACUCCUGGUGCUGUACAUGCCAGGGGUUUGGACAAAUAUACGACACGGAUCCACUAUUAUGGUAUCAUAUGGAAUAGUUUCACUGCCCUAAAACCCCCUUUGUCUUUGCCUUUUUAUGACUACUAUUUUUAGUCAGACGUCAGUUUGUGUACUUUAACUUUUAUCUGAUAACUCAGUAGGAACACUAAGGUCUUUAAACCUAAGUUAAAUUUUCUUUCUUUUUUUCCUACUGGGGUAACUUUUAGAGAGAUAAAGGUUUAUAAUAAAAGUCCAGAAUAUGUUUAUACUUUUAUUAAUCAUUUAAUUGUUUUUACACAUAUACUUUUAUUAAUUUUAUUUUAUUCUUUGAAAUAGAUUAUUUACCUUUUUUAGCUUUAUUGAACUAUAAUUGAUAUAUAAAAAUUGCAUAUGCUUAAGUAUAUAUUUUGGAGAAAUAGAUGACGUACCUUUUAACCAAGGUUUUAUAACUCUACUGAGUAAUUAAAUUUUCUCCUGUUGUAUGGCAUUUUUUUCCAAGUAGAAAACCAUUCUUAAUCUGAAAAUGAAGUUUUAAAACCUAUUUGAGUAUCUGGAAGACUGAAAUUUAUGAGUGGGUGACUAUAGACAGUACGUUUAUUAUUUUCUCCUAUUUCAUUUAACAUGUAUUUAUUGAGCAUCUACUCUGUCCAAGCAUUGUACUAACUAAGCCUGGAAAUUUUUCCUUAACGGCUCUCACAUUAAAGCAUUAGGAAUUUUGGCUUGAUAUCUUCAUUUUCUUCUCCCCUGGAUGCCUUUGGAAUCUCUUAUCUUACAAUCACAUAAGCACUUCCUAGUCUCUUAAAUUCAAAACAGCCUUCAUGGAAUUUGCUAGACUUGACAGCUUUGUCCUUUAAACUUUGUGGAGGUGGAAGAGCCCAUUCCAGCUUCCAAAGGAAAUGCAUUUCCUUUCUCAGCCCUGUGCAGCCACAUCAGCCUCAGGAGCAGGUGGCCCGAGCGCCCUGUUGCUGCCCUGAGUCUUCACUCCUCUCUCUCAAUUCCACAUGGAGGGGGCUUCUCGGGAGGAACUGGCAGGCAGGAGUUUAUACGGAAAACGCACUCACUUGGAGAGAACACACACGGUGCCUCGCUGCCCUGCACGGAGUAUUCUCCGUCGCUGUCACCGUGUCCUCCCCACUGGGUCACGUUUGGGGCUUUUGCUUCACAGAGGCUCCUGCACCCUGGUUCUGGAGGAAAAGCCCUCCAAGGCCUCAGCUCUCACAGAGCACGGAACCUCUCUCGCUUCAAAUUAGGUUAAAAAUGGAACCUGAUCAGGUAGCCCGCAAAUUUAGGAACACUUAGUCCAGUGGGAAGCUUGGGUUCCCUGUGAGUCAACUGCUAAAAGCUCCAGUUACUUUAUGGAUUUGAUUUUAGUGACACUGGCAAAAGCCAUAAGACAACAACAGACCCCAAGCCCAUGGUUUGUUUUCUCUCCGAAGCCUCUGGCGGGUUCCAGCAUGGCUCCCACGCUGGGGGCAGACUCCAAGCACAGUCCCUUCCCACACCAAGCGGUUCCUCUUGCUUUCCUCUUUGCGGGCUCUGUCCAGGCUCAGCACCAGGCCGUCUGUUCCAGGCCACUCCCAGGUCAGCUCGGCCACCGGAGAUAGAGCUCCACUUGUCCAUGUAGACCAGCGGUUCUCAACCUGUGGGUCGCGACCCCUUUGGGGGUCGAACGACCCUUUCACAGGGGUCGCCUAAGA